ACGACUUUGAGCUAGGGCAAGUCCAAGUCAAGGUAACCAUGCAGUAUAUAUAGUACUACAGUCUAGUUCCAGUGGUGUAUGCACUAUGCAGAGCUGCUAGCUAUUAGAAGCCCUCAUUUCCACCCAAAAAACAACAGGGAUGAUGCAGGCGCUGCUAAUGCCACCACUAGUAUUGCGCCGCACAAUGGUAGCCACUUUACUGUGUCUCACCGUAGCAAUGGCGGCAUGUCUUGCCGCUGUUGCAGCAUCCUGCCAGAGGAAGUGCGGUGAGAUAGACAUCCCUUUCCCGUUCGGCAUCGCCGGUCAGCCCGGCUGCGCCAUGACCGGCUUCAAGCUGAGCUGCAACGACACCGGGAACGGCGUGCCCACCCUGCUCCUGCGGAACGUGGAGGUGCUCGGCAUCUCGCUGCCGUUAGGUCAGGCUCGGAUGAAGAUGGAUAUGUCCUACGACUGCUACAACACGACAAGGAAGGAUAUCGACUGCGUCGAUAUGGUUGAUCUGAACUUGAAAGGGAGUCCCUUCACUUUCUCUGACACUGCUAACAAGUUUAUUGUCUUUGGGUGCCGUAUGCUCGCUUAUCUUGGCCCAGGUGAACAAAAUGAUGUAGGUAGCAACCUAACUAUCGGUUGUGCGGCCACUUGUGGUAUAGGCGAUGAUCUCGUGAGUAUCAACAGUGCCGGGUGCUCUGGGAUAGGUUGUUGCCAAACGAACAUCCCUAAGGGGAUCCGGUAUUACAAGGUUUGGUUCGACGGUCGUUUCAACACAACGGACAUCUACAACUGGACUCGUUGUGCUUACGCAGCACUUGUCGAGACAUCCAGCUUUAAUUUCUCCACGGUUUACAAUUCCCUAUCAAGGUUCAAUGACAAUCUUGGUAGCCAGCCACCUUUUGUGGUGGACUGGGCUAUUGGUAAUUCCACAUGUGAGCAAGCUAAAACAAAUUCAGAUUCCUACAUGUGCAUAAGCAGCAAUAGCGUCUGUUUGAACUCGCGAAACGGACCCGGUUACAUCUGCAACUGCCAAAAUGGAUUCGAAGGAAAUCCUUACCUGAACGAUUCGUUUGGUUGCCAAGGUAAAUUUCUCAACUAGAGGCUUUUGCUGGCUAGAGUAUUGCAUUUACAUAUCAUCUAUUAGCAACUAGCAUACUUUAGCUUUAAAGUACAUGUAUUUACCAAAAUAUUGCAUCUUUGU